AAGUACGCUCAACAGAGAACUCGCGAGUAGUUUCGUACCAACUCUCGCGCGAGUCGGAUGACGGGUGAUAUAUGUUGAGCUCGUUCCCGUUCGCCGCCGACGUCCUUGCUUCGAGAAAGCGAUCGGAUUCGAAGCAGCACGAAAACAUACGAGAGGAUACCUGCUCGCAGAAUCGGACGCGUCGCGUAUUUACUUUCGCGUUGUGCUCACGUACCUCGAUCUUUGUCUCCGUCCUACGUCCGUGCAUACGCGUUCUCGUUCAGUGCAAUUUCGCGUAACAUCCACAUGAUUCGAUCGACGAAAGACGCGCGAGUGUGCAACCGUUUCCCGACGCGAAUGCCGUGAUGCUGCACGGUAGUGGCGGAAGAAGAUCGACGGGGCCACUCGACACCGUCUCGAUCGCUUCCUCCUGACAGUAUGAGCCUCGUGCAUCGUCCUCGUCGAUGAGAUAGAGUGGUGUUCCGCUCCUGGGACGAUGUCAUUCCAGUGAUACGCAAAAGUGAAGGAAGUUCCGAUUCUAUCCGAGUUGAGUGCGAAUGAAUGAUCGGAACUACGUCGCGGACAAGUGUGCCCACUCGUUGAGGAGACGCGAAUAGAGUGUGAGUGUGUCCGCGACGCGGAUAGUGUGCUAUACCCGGCAGAGAGUGAAGAGAACCGUGGUGGUACUCUGUAACACGUGUGACAGUUUCCGUGAAGGAUAGAAUAUCUCGGGGUGUCGGGAGGUUGACCGGCGAAGACGGUGGUUUCGGACGUGGCCGUAUCGUGUCUGUCUGUCGUCGGAUUAUAUUCUCCAGUGUUCUACGAUUAGUCGGUGUCCGUUGUUCAACGCCGAUCGUGCCCACGUUAAGCAAUGUUGAUAUAGUGUGCGUUAAACGUUGAUUUCCAGUGAACAAUGUUCGGAUUCCUCGCUGCCGUGGACACCACUAUGGAUUUCUUUAUUUUCAACACUGUGCCGAUGCGACGCACAACCGCACACAGGAAUAACGGGGAUUUUGCGAGCAAUAGAUCGAGACGACGCACGACCGACAGCGCGAGGACGAGAGGCGUGGCAAGAUCAACGCCGUCUAUAAUCUGGUUGUCGUUGCUACUGACACUGGGGACGAGGACAACGGCGUCAGCGACGAACAUGACGAACGUGUCACCGCUCGCCUCGACGGUGAGGCCGAUCACGACCACGGAAGUAGUUUAUCAGAGAUUCGCGAUCGAGCCGAUGGAUCAGACGGCGGUGAUUGGCAGCCGGGUGACGCUUCCUUGCCGGGUCCUCGAUCAGAAGGGACCUAUUCAAUGGACAAAGGACGACUUCGGGCUUGGCGCCGUUAGAAAUCUCACGGGAUACGAGCGUUACGCCAUGAUCGGCAGCGACGAGGAGGGUGACUUCUCGUUGCAUAUUUACCCGGUCGAAUUGGAGGACGACGGCACUUACCAGUGUCAAGCCUCGCCGACGAACGACGGGCAGCCGGCGUUACGCUCGAGAUUCGCCAAGCUGAGCGUGCUGGUUCCGCCUCAGAAACCAAAGAUCCUUCAGGGUGACUUUCUUAUCACGACCGAGGACCGGGAAUUGGUGAUCGAGUGCGUCAGCGUGGCUGGCAAACCGCCUGCGGAGAUCACGUGGAUCGACGGGCUGGGGAACGUGCUGCACAGAGGCAUAAAAACGACCAAGGAAUUGUUCGACGACGGCCCCUUGUACACCGUGAAAUCUGUGCUGAGGGUGAUGCCGCGCAAGGACCACGACAACACGACGUUCACGUGCCAAAGUCAGAACGCGGCCGACCGCACGCCGCAGAACGCGAAACUGCGCGUCGAGGUCCGCUACGCGCCAAAAGUGUCUCUGAGGAUCCGGUCGGGGUUGGGCAAGAAUGGGCGCAUCGUGGAGGGCAGCGAGCUCCGCUUUAAGUGUCGCGCGGAGGCGAACCCGUCGAACGUCGAGUACAGAUGGUUCAUUAAUGAGAAAAAGGUGAUCGGCGACUACACCACGGAAAUGAUCAUCCACAACGCGACCCGAGAUCUUCACGAUGCGAUAGUGAAGUGCGAGGUUCACAACGACGUCGGGAAGAGCGAGGACACCGAAACUCUGGACAUAACGUACGGGCCGCAGUUCAGGCACCAGCCGAUCUCCGUGGAGACACAGUACGGCGCCACGGAGAUAUUGCAGUGCGACGUUGACGGGAACCCGACGCCGGAGAUCCGCUGGUACCACGAGGAUUCGGAGCGACAGGUCGCCAGCACGCCCAACAUCAGCGUGGUGGUGAACCACGAGACGGCCGGACGGUAUUUUUGCAAGGCGCACGUACCCGGUUUCCAGGAGUUGAUGGGAUACGCGAACAUCUACAUCCGGGCACCACCGAGUAUCGUGUCGCAGAGGGUGCAAUACGUGCCCGACGAGGGUGCGGUCAAGGUGAAGUGUAGCGCGAUAUCUGUGCCAAAAGCGGACUCGGUGGUGUGGAGCUUCGCCGGUCGCGAGUUCAAUCUCUCGACGAACAAUACGCAGUUUUCCGUGCAGGAGGAAUACACCGCCGAGAGAGUCGUCAGCACUGUCACACUGCUCGAACCCACAUCCACGUACUUCGGGGAUUACAACUGCACGGUCACGAAUAGCUUCGGCACGGAUUCCGUCAUAAUCAAGCUGACGGCACACACGUUGAUUCCAGUCGAUUUGCAACUGAUUCUGAUCAUCGGUGGCCUGGUCGUCUGCGUGAUCCUGAUUGGCGUGAUCAUUAUACUCAUUCUGCAGUGCCGCGACCGCAUCAAACAGCCACGACCGAGGACGGCCCAGACCCAGGAGACUGAUAUGCAAGAAACAGACUCGAACGCGGACAGGUAUCGGGAAAGCGACAGAAGCAGCAAUCUGUCGGACGUGAAAGCGGAUAUACGGGCUGGAUCGAGCGUGAGCAACGCGGAAAGCGUGACGGCGCUCGACAGCGAGGGCGAAGGAAGCACGAGAGGUGUGAACGCUUUGGCGCUGGCCGGACCCGUCCCCAACCCCCUGGGUUAUCGUUACAGCGCCGAUUACACGGAACCAUCGUUCCCGCCAAAAAAUAACGACGGCAGUAACAAUAACGGUUACGUGCCGUAUGUGGACUACACCCGCGACUACAUGCCACCCACGACGCAAGGUGUGGGAGCGUCGCGGGAAUCCUUAAGCAGGAUACCUUCUGGCGGCAUACUAGCCUCGAAGAAGAUCGGUCUGAGUUCCGCGAAUUUGGGCGGCUCAACCCCUCAAACCACCCCCGCGAUCGACCCACGUUUCUCAGCAACGUAUGGAAACCCCUACCUCAGAAUGUCAGCAGCGGAGCAACUGAGACACGCGCCUCACACAGCUGUGCCGGGAGUAACGCCUGCACCACCGCCUUACACGCAAGCAAUGAGAAUGAAUAGCUUGAAUACCUUGAACGGCGCUGGACCGCAGGCACCACUGUCGGCGCACUACAUCACGGGCGGGCCGAACGGCGGAGUGGCGACGGUAAAACGCACCUCGGCGGUGGGGACGUUAGCGACGCAUGUAUGAGGCCAGGGGGUCUAUCCGAACUAGAACCAUCGACGUUCGGGCCUAACUAGUACCACCUUCGGGUCGACUCACCAACGCUCCAACACUGUGAAACGGCGAGGAGGGGGCAGCGCGGUCUGUCGGGAUCGAGGAUCGAGCGCGAUCGGUGACGUGGAACGAUUGCUCGACGGGGAAGCAAAGCCGAGGAAAGAAGCCGAGUCGGACGAGUUUCGGGUGAAGGGACACGGGGCGCGACGAAUUGGUGAAAACGGGGAGGCGUUGAGGUACAUCGAGAUGGUGCUACGACAACUGCGAAGAGCCAGCCGCGAUCAUCGAAAACUCGUGGAGCAACGUUCGAAUCGAUCGUUUCCUUCUUGCUCGACGUCGUGCCUCGACGAGUAUCUUUCGGGGAGGUGGUCGGACGUUCGGGGAAGUUUGGCGGUUGGGCGGGGGCAAAGAAGAACGUCCGAGAAGAAGAGCGGCGUCUCGAGAGAGACGGUCGAAAGGUUGCGAGAAGUUGGAGGGUCGAGGAAGGAAGAACCGCAAGAGCUUGCCGAGUAUCCCUGCAUGGACGUCACGAGGAAACUGUUGGCGAAGAGGAAGCCGUACGCGAGGGGAAUUUACCUAUUGGAAACGAUGCCCAGGAGGAUCCACGAGAGGAUGAGCGUGGCGGGUCGACAUGGUUUACGGGGAUACGUUCCUGCGUACGAAGGAAUUGAUACCACGAUUAUUCGAUGAGGAGCACGUGUUUUUCCUUAAAUGUCCGCGUAAGAUUGACCGGGAGUAAGAUCGCAAAAAGAGCCUGGUCGAGGAGCGAUUCGACUUAUAUGGGAAGAUCGAUCCGAGCGAAUUUCGAGGAAUGGGACGAGGAAACUGGUAUCGAAUAAUAGGCGAACGAAAGGAUGACUGGUUGAACUUGUCGAAUCGAUCAGCCUGAGUAUACACGUGGUAUUCUAUUUAAGAAGACUGAUUACUUGAUGGGCAAGAAGGUUCCUUCAUCCACUCGGAAACACAGUGUAUUUUUUUCUAUCGUCUAAUAGGAAUAAAAAAAUAAUCGACUUUGCACAUCGAACGGAAUGGAUUAGGGGAAAAAUGGUCGUGAAAGUGGAAUGCGAUGCGAUUUUUUCGAAAAUGAAGAAAAAGAAAGAAAGAAGGAAAGAAAGAAAGAAAUUGAGCCGAGAAGAAAGAAGACGAGAGAAGGAAACGAGGACGAUCGGAAGCGACGGUUAGUUGGAUGAGUUGGAGAGGGACGAAGGACGGUGGUUAGAUUCGUAAAUCGAAGGAGCUCUUCGGAACGAGAACAGACCACUCGGUAUCGACAAUCUUUUAUUCGCAUACUUAUAUAGAUCUCGAUAAGCAUUUAAUGUUCAUUCGAAGAAUCGUAACGAAAAUGGGAAUCGAAUCUCAUAGCGUUGAUCGUUGCGGUCGUAAGUAGCAGUCUUACCUUUAAUAACCGUCGUGAUUCGAAUCCACGACUAAACGUGGAACACGGAGCAAUUAUGCUUGUGGAAAAGGAUAUUUCGCGUUUCUGUACAUGUGAUACGUAGACGGAUGUCCAAGUCGGAAAUGACGUGUUCGAAAUUGUUGGAUCGCGUCGCAGAUCGGCGGACGGACAACGUCUCGGCUGCUACUUCGACGUCACUGCGUCGCGUUGCCUUUUUUUAUUUGUAGGGAAAAAAAAUGUUAGGUCUCGCGGAGAUAUAUUCGCGGAUAAGCGAAUAGAGAGGAAACUCAGCCAAGAUCGUGCCGCUUGUAUGACAAGAUCGAUCACGAUCUAGUUAUCCAGACCUUACGGCCUGAGAAAUCUUCGAUGAGGAGAGAGGACGCGCGUUCGAGUAAGCGAUCGCUACGCGUGUUCCACAGGUCGUAAAAAUUUGUAAAAUAGAUAGCUAAAAUGAUUAGGUAUAUACAUAUAUAUAUAUAUAUAUAAAUAUAUCACCUGUUGUCAAUACGAACAUAGGGCCUAUAGUUUGGUGGCGCUACGAAAGCAAAAACUCUAUCGAAAUAAGCUCGUUCUUGGAUGGAACAGCUUCGUGUAAAUAACAAAAUUAAUAACGAUAUUAUUAAAAUAAUAGACGAGCAGAAUAGGGCGAAAGAAUUCUCGAAAGAAGAAUAAUAACAGGUGGAGAAAUCUCGGUUUAAUUGUAUCGUUAUUGAGUUAAGUUCGUUUCUUUCUUCGAAAAUAUUUUCUCCGUUCGUUUGCAACGUCUGUAGCUCAUUGAACGAGGAUUUGGAUUUGUCGAAUUUCUCUCCUCGGCGAUGAUCUAUGGCCUCGAGUUAUAAAAAAAAAAAAAUUAAAUCUUAAAUUAAAUUAAAGAAGAAAAUAGACAAACGCAUCGUUGACUCGCGAUUUACGAUAAUACACGGCGAGAAUAAAUACCAUUGAUUACGAAAACGAAACAGGGUAGCCUAUCAAUUAUUAAAACGAUUCCGAAAGAAAAGGCUGCACACUAUGGAUUGGCCCCAUAUUCGCGUGGUGCGUCGGUGAUCAAUUGAGUUUGAAAAAAAAAAGAAAAAAGAAGACGAAGAAAAGAAAGGAGAAGAGGAAAAAAUUAAAAAGAAGAAAAAGUAGAGCUCGAGCAAACGUGUCGGUGUGACGAUGAUGGGAACUCGUAUGAACGAUGACGGUGAUUCGUCGUCCCGUGUUCAUCAAUUAGGAGAACGAAUAUACAUAUUUGUAUGUAUCGAGAAGAUAUCUUUAUAUUGAGACGUAUGUAACAUAAUUUCUGUACAUAACUGGAAUUAUUGCUCACCGUAUCUCGUAAGAUUUAGUUAGUUUUGUAACUAAGUGAAAAGAAAGAAAAAAAUUAAUAACACUAUGUGCAUAUCUGAUUUAACUGCGCGGACAAUUUCGCGACGGACAGUUCCCCUCGAAAGUUCUCGACCCUGUCGUCGUAGAUUGAAAAAAAGAAGAAGAAGAAGAAGAAGAAGAAAAAAUAAAAAUAAAAAUAAAAAUCAGUAUUCGUAAUAAUAAUGAUAAUACUAAUAAUAAUAAUAAUAAUAAUAAACACUUCCUUCCUAUCGAGAACUCGUUCUCACAUUCCACGAUCGGUCUUGAUCGUGCGCGUAGUCCGUCGUCAAGAAAACGAUCAGUUCCUCUCGGUUCGCGCUCGAUUCGUUUCGUCGAGGGGAACGCGAUCAAGUCGAAUACGAGAUUAUACAGUGUAGUAUUAUCGUACUCUUUAAGCAUUUUUUCCUCUCGCAAUUCGACGAUUCCGUUCUCCUCGCCGCGAUAUCGACCAACUUCGUCGACGGAGUCUCCCAUUUCCGGGCCAUGGAACUGUCCACCGGAAGUCCAGCUUUAUUGUACAUCAAUCACUCUGUACAAUGUUCAUCCUGAUGUUACUGUUAACUAUUUAAAAAAGAAGGAAAAAAAAAAGAGUGGAAGCAUGCGAGAGUGAGCGUGAGAGAACGAAAGAGAGAGAGGGAGAGAGAGAAAGAGAGAAUUUCGAAACUUUCACAUUCAAAGCGCGCAAACGAAAUCCUGUGCGCAUGCGCGCGUGCCAGACGCGAGUGUGCGAUUCCAGGGCACACGCGCUUGCGCGCACGAUCGCACACGUCACACGUGUAAAAUGUAUAAAUGCUUGGUGAAAUUCUGUACAGGUUUAACGGGGAGAAGAAAAAGAAAAAAAAGACACGUAGAAACGUUAAAGGAGAACGCCACGAGUGGUGUCGAAUCACGCCAUGUUUAAAUGGUGGCAACGAUGCCAUGCCGAAAAAAAAAAAGAAAAAAAAUGAGAGAGAAAGAGAGAGAGAGAUAUCUAUACAUACAGACACAUGAUUUCUAUUAUAAAGAGAUGUAGGUUAAACGAAGUAUACUGCGGGAAGUAAUUACAAUCAAUGUACUGGAUGGUCCAGGGCGAUGUUAAAAUUAGAAAAGUUUAUGUCGUUUGAACCUUAGAAGUUUGCGCCUUCUUGCCGCAGGGCCAUCCUAUACGUAUUAAUUGGUUAUCUGUCAAUUAUUAAUUAAAUUAUAUCGAUUUCUUCGCCUUUAGUCAAGGAAAGAAACGGGAGUCGUCGCGAAAUUUCCUCGUCGCACGUCGCUCUUCAAUUAAUCGCGCGCAAUAAUACUAUAACACUCUGUACACUCUUCUCGCGAAUCUUCCUCCAUCCCUUAUUCCGGUCUAAGGAAGAAGUUCGCGAAGAAGUUGUGCGACCGACGACUUCGAAUAGUUUAUUUUUCUAUAGUGCAAUCAUUUCGUUUUCGUGCAAUUCCCGACCUCGACGUUGUUUUUUCAUUGAAAAGUUUAUAUUCCCGCGAAACACGCAAACCCGCGCGCCUCUUUGAGAAAACGAUCUCGAAACGUGUUACGACGCUGUUCCGAUGGGGAAAUUUCGCCUGCCGGUUCGGUCGACGCCGUGUGUUUUAUAUAUGUAUAUAUAUAAAGCGCGUCGAUUGUUAGACAAAUUCAUUUUACGAAAUCCUGUGACGAAACGCUUACGCGUUUUUUUUCUAAAUGCGCGCGAAAACGAGAAUGAGAAAAAGAAGGGACGAAGAAUGAGAGGAUAAUGUUGCCUAAAAUCGGGUGAGCGAGGGAAGUUUUUUCAAAUUUGUUGAUACAUUUCAUACUUUACGAUUAGGAAUUAUGGCCUAUUAACUAACUAUUUCGCAAACCUUGUCCGACGAUUCGAUCGUUUUUUUUUUCUUUUUUUUUAUUAUUGCGCGUUAUGCAACAACCGCGGUGCUUAAAUUGAGAUAUCCCAUUUCGCGAAAUGAAAGAAGUAGCGAAGCAAAAAAAAAAAGAAAAAAAGAAAAAAGAAGAAAGAAAAAGAAAGAAAGAAACGUCCCGAUUGAAUGAGAUGUGCCAUAUUAUUCAUUGUAUAAAUAACGCUCUUACGCUCUCGAAUCGAAAGGUGAGAACUCGUGAACGAAUCGAAAAAUACGACAAAAAAGUUAUCGAUCUUCGAACGAGAAAUAUGAAUCACCGUAAAGCUUGAUAACGGGGGAGUGUAUUUUAAAAAAACGAUCGGAUCGUCUGCUCGCGCAUUUGUGAAAUGGAAAGUGACUUUUUAGAAAAUGAACACUUUUUCGCGUGCUAUCCAUGAAAAGCUACGUUAAACACGUCGCAUCGAUUACCGAGUAUAGGGGAAAAAAAACACAAAAAAAAAAAAAAAAGAGAAAAGGAAAAAAAAAGAGAAAAGAAAAAAAAUAACGCUAUUUCGAAUUCGACUGACCGACAUAUAGGAGAUACGAUUUAUAUAUACUCCCAUAUUUUUCUCGAUGUUAAAGCUUUUUUCUCAGAACGCGUUACGCGGCGUGUAAUACUGCCUGCGGAAAAGGAAUUCAAGCGAAUCGUUGCGAAUUUUUCGAAUUAUCGGCGUAUCGUUUGUAUAAUAUAGCGGGGAGGAUCCGAUCGACUGCGAUCGUUAUCACACGAGUAUCGCAAGGGUGGUGGAGAAAUGAAAAGAAAAAAAAUGGGAAAAAAGGAUGAUCGUUCUGAAGCGAUGCGAGCACUUCUGAUUCAGACCGAUCAUCCCGUUCGAUCAUUUUUACACUUUGAAUUUCGACGAAACGAAUAUCUACUCCUUUUUUUUUUUUUUUUAUUUCUUAAUGUAAUGCAUUAACAAAGGGAAGAGAAUCGAUGAGUUGUGAGUCUGGAAAAAAAAAUCUGUUAUGUUUUUUACAGAAGAGAGAAAAAAGGAAAAAAAAAAGAAAGAAAGAACUUUUCAACUUUACACCGUGUGUAGUAAUCUCGACCAAUAAUAAUUUUGAUACGAACGCGCCUGGAAUUUAUUCGACUUUGGUAUGUCUCGAACGACAGCGCUUGGGAACAAUUUAAAACGCACUCUUAAUAGCACACUCGUCCCCGAUAUUAAUAAAACGUCACCUCGUGAAAUAAUCUCUUUCGAUGAACGUUUCGGAUUAACCGUAUCGAAUAUAUCUCCUUCAACCGUUUGAUCCACUUUACAAAUACGAUAGACUGUUACCGUAACGCUAAACGAAACGAACAAAAUAGAAAAGAAAAGACUGUAAUCGACUGCUCGUUGAAAAUUGUAUCGAACAAUCGCGAUGCAUGGUAAAUUCGCGUACGAAGAGGUCGGUGCACGAGUCGCGUGACUCGGUUUGGAACAAUCUCUCGUAUAAAAUGAGAAAAGGAGGAAAAAAAAAAAGAAAAAAAAAAGAAAAAGACACGGAAGAAUAGCUCGUGGUAAUAAUUAGGAACGUUCGCGAUAUCUGUUAGAAAGAUCAUGUUACGACAAACAUGUUAUUACCAUUAUUUUUCUGUCGUCCUGUGUUCCUUUUCUUCGCUUUUUCUUCCUCUAUAUAUAUAUUUUUUUUUCUUUUAAAAACGGUACUCUCUUUUUUUUCUCGACCCUAUCGUCGCGGCCCUAUAUACAUUCGCGUUUCCCGAGUCUCAAGCUCGACUCGAACUCGUCGUCGCACACACACACGCAUUAAAUUGCGCACAAUGGGUUUUCAAUUAUAUACGGAAAUGCAACAAAGUUCUUGCAACGUUCUCCUAGGCAUCGAAAUCUGGCGAAAGUUUAUACGUUUCGAGAGGAAAGCUCGCGUAGGAGAACGCGGCCCGCAACAAUGGCCAAUUAUCGCGAAAACGCGUGCGCUAAUUGUGGAAAACGAUUGGUCGAGGUACAGUUUGAGAAAGGAAACGACGAUAGAAAUGGUAACAAAAUCAUCUUAACGUAACGCAUUCUAAACGGGAAAAGUCUCGCGGCGCGAACACCACGCCCGGCGAAAAGUAAAUUAACCGAAUGAAAGGUAACUCGAUCUAAAAGAAAUACAUUGGAACUCGAAGGAAACUCUAGCAACGCGAUUAAAUGCAAGAACUUUUGUUGAGAGGCCGUUACGUCCUGGACGCUAUCGCGCAUCGAAUUGGCAAACUUCGCGAGCCGAACGAAUAAAGUUCACCGAAAUACUAUCCAUCCCAUCUUCUCCACUCCUAUUUGAUAACGAGUUAUUAUCGAUCCGUUUACGUUAUGCGUUCACUAACAUACUAUUUUCGACCGCAAACUUUUUUUAACGCCAAUUUUUCAAACGAAUCAUUUUGAUUGAAAGUGAACCGGUAUUCCGUUGACCAAAAAAAAAAAAAAAAGAAAAAAGAAAAAAAAGAAAAUAAAUGAAAUUAACGUUACGUACGCACGCCUUACAACCGAUACUCGGUACGUUGUUAUUUUGUCAACGAAUCGAUCAAUAUCGAUGAUCCUUCGACGAAACACGAACAGAAGUGCGCCAAGUGGAUUAUAGGAUAAAGGUGAAAAAAAAUGAGUGAGGAGAAGAAUAAACACGUGUAAAUAUUUCGAACGCUAGAGAUUUGACUACGAAACAGCGAAAAAUCAUCCUUUUUUUUAGUGUACAUUACUUUGUAUUAUAAUAGCCUAAAAAAAAAAAAAGAGGGAAAAAAAAAGAUUUAGCUAGAUACUUUUUUGAGAUCUCCAUAGCGAAGAGCGAAGGGAAGGAAGAAGAGGGUCGCCGUUUCUGGGGUUUUUGUUGAUCGAUGUUCUUUCUAUCGCGCUGCCCGACCGAAAAUCGAAUCGCCGCGAACGCGAUACGGGAAAAAUCAAAGAAUUAUGAAUUUCGCGUAGUGAAUUUCGUAGCUCAAGUAAUUUUCGAGCGCGACAAGCGCUCUCCCAGGGUAACAGAACAGAUCAUAUUCAGAAUUUUCGAUGCACGAACGAAUCAGUGUCAUCGCUUCAAUGAUCUUUUUUUUUUUUUUUUUUCAAACAAGGAACCAGGUCAAUUCGUCGGAAACGAUACACUUUUUAUAUAUAUAUAUAUAUAUAUAUCCGCAUGAAAGAGAUAAUUAGAUAAAUACAAAAUGGAAAAUGUUCGCGCGCGAAAGAAUGUACGCUUCGAGAAUCACGGAACUUUUUUGAUCGUCGACCUCCAUAUUGGUUCGAUCGCAAUUCGAUCAAAAAUUCCUCGCAUGUACCUGUAGCGCAAAGAUCGGGCGCGGAAGCGAAGACCACGGGAAAGACCACGUAUUAUUCGCACAAGAUCUUCCGUUAGCGAGAAAACAAAUUUUAAUGAAAACGAGAGAAAGAGGGAGAGGAAGAGAGAGAGAGAAAGAGAGAAUGAGAGAAUGAGAGAAUGAGAGAGCGUUUUGGAAGAAUGAAAAAGAGCGAAAGAGAGAUAAACAGAGAUUUUUUUUCCUUAGGAAUGGAGGUACGUAACGCAAAAGAAAAAAAAGCUAGCCGAAUCUUACUCUUCGAUAUCGACAGUGUGCCAAUGAAAAAAAAAAAACAUUUUUAUUCCGAGUUUAGCUAAAGUCUGUCGCAUUUUUUCAUUCGUCUCCGAUCACUUCGUGCAUAAAUGCAUAAGUGCGCCCGCGCACACGCACACGCACGAUAUAGAUAUAACCGUAAGGAUAUGUAAGUACAAAGAAACAAAGAGGGAGAGAAAAUAAAAAAAAGAAGCUUUGAAAUUUUCGAUAUUUUCCGCGUCGCGGCAGUCGAUAGGUAUUAAACGCGUGCCCUUAUCACUGAUGUACACGUGCCCGAUAAAACUGACAUUGGAAUUUUUGUGCUUUCCGCUCAGCCCACCACCCGUUCCCCCCACGCCACGCACACAUAAACACACUCGCUCUUUGAUCGAAUUUCGUUUCGCGAUUUAUUUUUCUUUUUUUUUUUUUUUUUCGUUUGAUUCUUUUAAUUUCUUUCUCUUUCUCCUUUGCCCGCAGAACUAAAUUUUACGAGACGGAAUGACGUUCCUUUUCUUUCUUUCUUUCUUGCAAUACGGAUGAUAAAGAAGAAAAAAGAAAAGAAACGAAAAGACCAAAGAGAUGUUUAUUUUAAUGUUGUGUAUAUUAAUUGUUUAUGUCGUAUAAUAUUUGACGAUGCAUUUAUCCAUGCGUUACACCGAGUGCUUUAAUUAUUCUUUCUCCUCUUUUCUUUUUUUUUUUCAAUUAUUAUCAUUAAGCAUAAGUAUAUAUAUUCUUAUAUAUGUAUAUUGGAAUAUGAUUUUUUCUUUUUUUUAAAUAAGUUAUCUCAACGUCUGCUAUCAUAAUCAUCGCGAUCGAUCGGCGCAAUAUUUUAUAUUUGUAAGAUGUAUAUUUUGUUUACAUAUGGAGUUCAUCCAUCAUUAUAACAACAACGAUUUUUUAUUAUUACAAUUAUUUAUAGUUGAUUGAUUUACACAUUAAUUAUUAAGCAGCCAGUGCCGUUUAUUUUAUAUUUUUUUCAUAGAGUGUAAUGUGUAUCACUGCUGUUAUCAUAUUUUAUUAAAUCUUUGCCAUAUAACACUCCCUUAGUCUCACGAUUUCACCCUUCAUUAUCAAUAUGAGACGAUUUUUCUUCUUGUCUCAUCGCAAUUCUUCUCCCGCUGCAAUCUAUCCCCUUUUCACCUCCUUUUCCUCAUAACUCUAUAUACCAUGAUCGUAAUAAAGUCGAUCCUUGAUAUAUAUAUAUCGAGCUAACAUAUUGAGUUUUUUCUUACAUCGUAUUACAUUUGCUUUAAUUUUUUCGCAAAGAAUCAAAAGCAAAAAAUGAGCGGAAAAAGAAUAUUUACGGAGAUAAUAUCGAAGAGAUGAAAAUUUUUUCCGAUAUACGAAAAAAAAAAAAGGAAUAUUCCCGGAUAUAUCGAAGAAUCGCAUACGUUUCUUUCGACCGCCGAGUGCGUGCAAUAUCGAGUGAUUUCAUGUUUCUCGCACGUCUUAAAGCAGCAUACAUCGAGACAUAUUGUUGCUUUGCAAACCUUGUAAAUGCACUUGAGCACGCAUAUCCUCUCGCGAGCGCCGUCUUUCGUACUCUUUUGCUCCCCUCGUGCGGAAACAAGAGCGAACAACGCCUCGUGCUUUGUUCGCCAAUCCUCUGGGUAUAAUAAGGAGUAUUUCGCGUCACGCAAACCCGGGGUGUUCUCUUCAUUUUCCUGAUUCUCUCAGAGAUGUAACUUCUUCUUCUUCUAUCUAGCGUGAUGACAAUUGAUUUCUCGAUAUAGCGUUAAUUCUAUAACGAAGCAGACCGGUUCUGGACCUUGCAGCCACCCUAUACACGAAAUUUAGAAAUUCGACUAUUUAGAAAUAAAUCGUGUUCCGCUCGAGAAUCCCUGCAAGAUCCGGAAUCGUCGCUUCCUCUGUUACUUCCUUACAUUAAAUGUCGGUGACUUUUGUCCUAGCCGGAGGGACCGACUUCGGACAAAAAUCAACUGUCUGUUCACGUCGAGGGAAAUAAUAAAAUAGAUUAUUUCACAUAGCACACAGUUUAAUAAACUGUAAACGAAAGCAAUGAAAGAAAAUAAUGCUAUUUUUAUAUGUUGCAUCGUCUGCCGUGGUGACCUAGAGUUAUACGAACUAUAUUUGAGUUCACUCCUUUACUACGAUUCCGUGUAUCAAUUGGGCCAUUUCGUGUCAUACUUCUGGGCCAUUUCUGUUUCCGUUUCAAUUUUUCAACGCGAUAGAUCGUAGAUAUUAUGUAUCGUGUUUGGAUAUUUACUGAAGAAAUCGCAAAAUUUCUUUUUCAAUCAUGAUUUCGUCGAUCAUAUUUUGUUAUAUUUUGUAAAUGAAGUUAAUAGAAUAUCGUUUGAAUAAUGUCGUUAGAAAUUGUGAGAAGCAUUCUCAUAUAAUUUGAUGAAGAAUGUCCCUAUAAUAUUAAUAUCAUCACAUUAGCAGCUUAGAAAUAAAUGACAGAAAUAUUUCUAAAGAUGAUCCAAAGGAUGCUCUUGCUCACAAUUGAUCUAGAUUACUACAUUAAGAUUUACUAUUAUUGUAUUAUUAUUACUAUAUCUACAUUCCUUUUAAAAAUCUACAACUAUUACUUUACAAAACCAUCUGUAAAUAAGUAUUUUGUAUUCCUGCAAGAAUAAAAUUACGAAUCAUUAA